CGGAGCCCACGUGCAGUGCCGGGUUUUUCGAGCCAGCCUGGCUACGGGGAGCAGAGGUUUUAGCCAGUCUGUCGUAGAACUCGGUGGUCCAGGGCCGGGGCCUGUGGCUUUUGGGCUCCUCCAGAAUGGCGAUGCUGGCUGAACCUCGGCGGAAGCAGAAGUGGUCUGUGGAUCCUAGAAACACUGCAUGGAGUAAUGAUGAUUCCAAGUUUGGCCAAAAAAUGCUGGAGAAGAUGGGAUGGUCCAAAGGAAAGGGUCUAGGGGCUCAGGAGCAAGGGGCCACAGAGCAUAUUAAAGUUCAAGUUAAAAACAACCAGCUGGGACUGGGAGCCUCAGCUAGUCAUGAGGAUGACUGGCUUGCUCCCCAAGAGGAAUUUAAUCAGCUUCUUGCUGAAUUGAAUAGUUGCCAUGGACAGGAAGCAAAAGAUUUCUCAGAUAACAAGGAGAAAAAAUCAUUUAGCCUUGAAGAAAAGUCCAAGUCAUCAAAAAGACGUGUUCAUUAUACAAAAUUUACAAAAGGGAAGGAUCUUUCUUCUCGGAGUAAAACAGAUCUGGAUUGCAUUUUUGGGAAAAGGCAAAAGAGUAAAAUUUCCAAGGAAGAUCAAAGUCCUAGUGCUGAAAGUGAGGAAAAAGCCACUCCUACAGUAACCAGUAACCUCACUGUACAGGAAUAUUUUGCCAAACGAAUGUUGGAACUAAAGAACAAGUCAGCAACUAUACACACAGAUUCUAAUCAAACCAAGCCUUUUGAAGAGAAAAGAACUAAACAGAAAAAAGAAAAGAAGAAAAGGCAAGAAGAUGGGGCCUGGGACAAACCCAAGGCCAAGCGUUCCAAAAAGGAGAGUCUGGAGGAGGAGGAGGGAUGGCACCCUGACCAUAAGUCAAAGAAAAUGACCCUUGCCGAGAACCAGGCUGGUGACCCUGGCUAUGAGCACUGUCUCAAGGCUUCUCCACACAAGAGACUAGCUUGUGAUGAGCAGGAGCCUAGUACAGGAACCUCUGCCACAGAACCAAAAAAGAAGAAAAAGAAAAAGAAAGAGGAAAUGGACAUGGCUUCUGCCCAAGAUCAAACAUUAGAGAGGAGGAAAAAGAAAAAGAAGAAGAAAAGCCUUGAAUAAAUAGAUUCCCUCACUUGGACUUUUAUAUCAUUUUAAUGUCAUAAUAUUCAGUGCAGCUCUAUGCAAAAAAAAAAAUACACAAAUAAAUAAAUAAAGAAGCCUUGGCCUAAAGUCAGAGCAGAGUUUACCCAGGAUGAUUUGUUCACAUCUUUUAACAUGCCCAUGGAUUGCCAGGUCUCGCCCUCUCAUCACAUUUUUCCCAACUAAAAAAAUUCCCAGAAGAACUUGAAAAACAAUCCAAAUCUUGUCCCUCUGAAGCAAGAUUAUUUUAAAGACCCUGGAUCUGACAUUGCUUGUAUUAUCUGGAAGGUGGGGGCAGCAGGGAAGAAACAUACAUGAGGUAUAUAUGCCUGUGCAUAUGCAUACACACAGAUCUGAAUUUUCCACUACUUCCUUUGGCAAUAAUAAAUUAUGCUUCCUUUUGAAAGA